AUGAAGCAAGGUUUGCGGCAUGCGCGCGCUUGGAUUACCUGCCACCUAGUCGACCGGGAGGUGGUGGACCUGGUGGUGGAGCUGGAGGACCAUUUGGAGGAAGGCCAGGUGGUGCCCCUGGAGGUCCUGGAGGUCUCCCAGGUGGUCCAGGUGGAGCCGGUCCAGGAGGUUUCCCAGGCGGUCCAGGUGGAGCCGGACCUGGAGGUCGUCCAGGUGCCGGCGGCCCAGGAGGAUUCCCAGGGGCUCCAGGCGGAGCCGGUCCUGGAGGUCGCCCAGGUUCCGGCGGCCCAGGAGGAUUCCCAGGCGCUCCAGGCGGAGCCGGUCCUGGAGGUCGCCCAGGUGCCGGCGGUCCAGGAGGAUUCCCAGGCGGUCCAGGCGGAGCCGGUCCUGGAGGUCGCCCAGGUGCCGGCGGUCCAGGAGGAUUCCCAGGCGGUCCGGGUGGAGUCGGACCUGGAGGUCGUCCAGGUGCCGGCGGCCCAGGAGGAUUCCCAGGCGCUCCGGGUGGAGGCGGUCCUGGAGGUCGCCCAGGCGCAGGAGGGCCAGGAGGAUUCCCAGGCAGUCCGGGUGGAGUUGGACCUGGAGGUCGGCCAGGUGCGGGAGGGCCAGGAGGAUUCCCAGGCGGUCCGGGUGGAGUCGGACCUGGUGGUCGACCAGGUGCGGGAGGGCCAGGAGGAUUCUCAGGCGGUCCGGGUGGAGUCGGACCUGGAGGUCGACCAGGUGCGGGAGGGCCAGGAGGAUUCCCAGGCGGUCCGGGUGGAGUCGGACCUGGAGGUCGACCAGGUGCGGGAGGGCCAGGAGGAUUCCCAGGCGGUCCGGGAGGUGCGCCAGGUGCUAGUGGCCCCGGAUGUUCCCCAGGUCGUCCGGGAUGUGCCCCUGCUGGCGCUCCAGGAGGUUUCCCAGGCGCUCCAGGUGGAGCCGGUCCAGGAGGUCGCCCAGGUGCCGGCGGUCCAGGCGGCUUCCCAGGCGGUCCGGGUGGAGUCGGACCUGGAAGUCGACCAGGUGCAGGAGGGCCAGGAGGAUUCCCAGGCGGUCCGGGUGGAGCAGGUCCAGGAGGUUACCCAAGUGGUCGUCCAGGUGCCGGAGGCCCUGGAGGAGCGCCAGGUGCUAGUGGCCCCGGAUGUUCGCCAGGUCGUCCGGGAUGUGCCCCUGGCGGAGCUCCAGGAGGUUUCCCAGGCGCUCCAGGUGGAGCCGGUCCAGGAGGUCGCCCAGGCGCCGGCGGUCCAGGAGGAUUCCCAGGCGGUCCAGGUGGAGUCGGACCUGGAGGUCGACCAGGUGCAGGGGGGCCAGGAGGAUUCCCAGGCGGUCCGAGUGGAGCAGGUCCAGGAGGUUACCCAAGUGGUCGUCCAGGUGCUGGAGGUCCCGGAGGAGCGCCAGGUGGCCCCGGAUGUUCCCCAGGUCGUCCGGGAUGUGCCCCUGGGGGCGGUGCUGGUAGUGGAAUUGGCGGGGGUGCUGGUGGCGGUUACGGUGGCGGUCCCGGAGCUGGUGGAAGACCUGGGGCUGGAUCCGACGUACCUAUUACUCAACUAGGUAAUGUCAAUAGCGGCGACGGUACC